UUUAAAAAUAAAAUAAAAUAGUGAAUUGGGCUAAAUUACCUUAAUCUUCUAUGUUCAUUAGUGGGCUUAGAACAUGACAGAAUUGGGUAGCAAACAUUGUGGGCCUACGCUUCACUUUGUAACAGUAACAUUAACAGAAACUCUUGUAUCAAGGGACAACAUAGUCUCGUACAUAUUUGUCUUCUCCAGCAUUUCUUUGAAAGGGAUACAACAACGUUUUCCGCUUCAAAUUUCUCACAAGAACAGAGGUUGUUUCCUGGGAUUCCUUUCUCUCUUUGUUUGAAUACUUGCGAUGGAUCCGAUGAGAGGACAAGGAGGCAUUCAGAUGCUACUCACUGCAGAACAUGAGGCUCAACAAAUUGUCACGGCUGCUAGAAACCUGAAAAUGGCAAGGCUGAAGCAGGCUAAGGAUGAGGCCGACGGGGAAGUGGCAAAGUAUAAGUCGCAUUUGGAAGCCGAGUACCACAAGAGUAUUUCUGAGUCAACUGGGAGCUCUGACUCAACGGGGAAGAGGCUUGAGGCAGAAACCGAAGCAAAGAUUCAAAACUUGAAGGCAAAGGCCUCGAAUGUAUCCCCUGAGGUUGUUCAAAUGCUGCUCAAGUACAUCACAACCGUGAGAACUUGAUAUUAAAACAAUAAAAGAGACAGAUAUGCAGAACUUGCUACAUCAAUAAAAGGGCGAAAGAUUAUGUCGAUGAAGUUGUACUUCUAGAAGAUUUACUUAUGCUUCUUGCAAUACAACUUUUAGCAGUACUUUCCAUCCAUUUGUUCUCAUUUUAUCUUCUACAACUAUAGAUCUGCUCUGGAGUGUAUGUAAGAAGGAUAUUGCAAAUACUCCUGUGUUAUUGGAUUCAGAAUAAAGGUUGACACGAUCACGUUUCUAAUA